AGCCUUGCAAACAAGUCAGCGGACCAGAGGUUAGCAGAGUGAGGCGCGGUUAGGACUCAAAAGUCAACACUGUCGGUUGCGAUGAAGUUCACAACUGACACUUUCACGCCAGCUUCAAUUGCCGCUGCUUUUGUCAACAUGAACUCGGGGGGCCUCACACUUCGUUAAGAAUCCAACUUUUGGCCUUAGUAAUAAUGACAGUGUUGAUGGAGCCUUUCAUUUUUAAAAUCACCUCUGGUCACCUGUUGCUGUGUGUCUUCCUGAAUCUGUUUUGGAGCACCUCAGACUCGAUUGAAACAUCAAGACGGCACACAACAGCGAGCAGUGCAAAAGUGACGACGCUUUUUACUCCCACCUCGACAAGCCUCCUCACCACAGGCCAGCCUUCUGAAAAUGUCAGGGAUGUGACGGUGCUGGAGCAAAAUCAAACCAGCAUAACACUUAAGUGGGAUAAGGUGAACAAUAUCUCCACAUACUUCCUAUUAUAUGACCUCAAUGGUAGUGCGAAGGAGGAGAGAGUGGAUCCUUCCCCGUAUCAGACGUAUGUUACGCAUGUGGUCGCUGGUCUGUCUGCUGGGAGAAAAUAUCAUUUCCGGAUCAUCACUCUGUUCAUGGGAGCAAACAGCACCGGAUACGUAUUUUCUGCUUCCACUGCACCUCUGAAUGCAAAAGGCUUCAAAUCCAUACAAAGAAAUACCACCAGUAUAACUCUGCAAUGGGAAAAAGUGGAUAAAGUCAGCUACACUCUCGUUUUCGGUGACACCAAGGAAGAUGUCGCUGCAACUGAGGAACAGGAAGUUACACACAUAAUGGCAGGACUCACAAGCGGGACUGAAUACGUUUUUACACUUUUCACUGUGUUUGAAAUGGUCCGCAGUAGCGGCAACAACCUAACUGCCGUCACAGCCCCUAAAAAUGUUGAAAAAGUGCACGUGAUAACCCAAACUGUGAGCAGCAUUACGCUGUCGUGGAACAAGGUUGGCGACAGCUCAACAUACACCCUACAAUAUGGCAACCACAGCAUUCCCAUCGAGGUCAAAAGCUCUGCAUUCAAUCCUAAAGCCACGCUCACACAAGAGGUCCCUUCACUUGCUCCUGGGACAAAAUACGACUUCACUCUCAUCACCGUGUUUAAGAACAUCACCAGCACGGGGUUCAUGUUUGAUGCAGUGACGGUUCCCUCAAUGGUGGCUUUGGUCAACGUGUCCGAGCGCUCUGAGACCAGCGCGACUCUGGUGUGGGAGACAGUGGAUCCAAACUGGAGCUACUUGCUUCACAUCGAUGGAGAAAACGUCACAGUGGCGCCGAACGGGUCGUCAAAUGUGUCCCGGUCGUUUACACUACAACCGGGAAUGGAGUAUCCAUUCACUGUGAUCACUUUGUUUUCUGGACUGGCUAGCACCGCUUAUAAAGACUUCUUUGUAACAGCCAUGAACUGUGCCAAUGUGACUUGGCAUGUCACCACACGCUCAAUCCAAGGGACGGUUGAGGGAUUAUUCACAAGUGCAACGGCCUCUAAUGGAUCUUCUGCUCAUGUGAGUCCAAAAGGUCAAAAUGUGUCAUUUUCCAGCCUUUACCCGGGCGCAACCUACAACGUGUCGCUCGAGUACCGAAGGGAUUCCGCUCACUUUCUGCAAUGUCAGCUCAAACUGACAACUAUACCGCCGGAUUUAACUGCUCACUGUGAGUACUGGGAGUCAGGCUACUCUGUCUUUAUCGUCUGGGAUACGCCAGAAGGUUUAUGGACUGCUGUGGAGGUGAAUGUUAGCGGACAAACGCACACAGCGGAGGAUACGGAGCAACGGCACAUCACAAUAGGUGGAUUUCAACCCGCGAGAACAUAUCCGGUGUCUUUAUCGUCACUGUCGGGGACCGUGAGGAGGUCCAAACCGUACGUCUUUCAAUGUCCGACUGACCCUCGUGGCGUCAUUGCAGGGUCAGUCCUCGCUGUCCUGCUUUUUGGUGCCCUGGUGGGUUUGGUAAUAUUUAUUUUAACAAAAAGAAAGGCUAUCAUCAGAAAGAAAAAGUCAUUAGUUGAAAGGAGCACAGUUUCAACUGAAGAAAUCAGAGAUAGUUCUCUUGUGGAUUUUGCUGGCCACUUCUCCAAAUUAAGUAUGGAUAAUAACCGAGGUUUCACCAAGGAAUACGAGGGCCUUGCUAUUGUCGGCAUUCAGCACACUCAGAAUGCUGCUCUGAUGCCUGAGAACAUGGAGAAGAAUCGCUUCACCAACGUCCUGCCGUAUGACUGGAGCAGAGUGAAGCUACACACCACAAAUGGGAACUCGGACUACAUUAAUGCCUCAUACAUACCGGGUUACAACAACAGCCGCGAGUACAUCGCCACUCAGGGUCCUCUGCCUGCCACGGUCAGCGACUUCUGGAGAAUGAUCUGGGAGCAGAAAGUGAACGCCAUCGUCAUGGUAACCAACUGCACAGAAGGAAGACUGAUUAAGUGCGAACAAUAUUGGCCCACACAUGGAGACACUUGUCUUCACAAUGGCCUGACGAUCACCACUGCAUCUGAGCAGCAAGACGCCAACUGGAUGUUAAGGAAAUUCCGAGUGAAAUGCAAAAACAGCUCAGCAGAGAGGACAGUGAAACAUUUCCACUUCACUGCCUGGCCUGACCAUGGAGUCCCUCAUUGUACGGACGUCCUGAUACAGUUCAGGGGACUCAUUAGACAGCACAUGGAUGCUAACGGGAACAGAGACCAGACUGUGGUGCACUGCAGUGCGGGAGUGGGCAGGACGGGCACCAUUAUAGCCUUAGAUGUUCUGCUUCAGCAGCUGCUGGACAGCAAGGUUGACAUCAACGCCUUCGUGCACGACAUGAGACUGCGGCGGCCACACAUGGUGCAGACUGAGUCCCAGUACGUUUUCCUGCACCAGUGUAUCAUGGACUGUCUGCAGUCUCAAGAGGAGAUUGACGAAAGCAUAUACCAGAAUGCGGACAUAAUUUAUGCUAAUGCCACAGGACUACGACAGUGUAACAAAACGGCAAUCUGAAUCAUAAGGGCACAGCCGAGGAGUUGGAAUCGCUUGUUCUAGCUAGCUUGCACAUUUCUGAAUUUUAUCAGUGGAGUUGUAGUGUUAACAAAACUACAAAAAAAAUGUUUUCCCUUAUCCUGUAAGAAAACUAGUUUAACUCAUGAUUUGUUUUUAAAUAAUAUAAAAGGAUAUAAUGUGUAUAUCCACUCUGCAA